GAACAGCAGCAGAGGGGACUGGGCAGGGCUUGGGAGAUUUUAUUAUUUUAUUUCAUGAGUAUAUAUGUAUAUUUGUCAGUGUGAGUGUGUGUGUGUGUGUGUGUGUGUGUGUGUGUGUGUGUGUGUGUGUGUGUCUGCAGAAGAGAGACAAGCAGAGGAGAGAGAGAGAAAGCGAAAAACAGGGGAGACGAAGGGGAGGGAGUGUGGAUCAUGCAUGUGCAUUAACUCGGCUCCAGCGGCACAGCAGCAGCAGCAAACAGAAACAGCAGCAGCACAGGAGGGAAAGAGUGUGUAUGUGUGUGUGAGAGAGAGAGAUAGAGAGAGAGAGAGAGAGAGAGAGAGAGAGGGAGAGGGAGAGGGAGAGGGAGAGGGAGAGUUGGAGGGAGGGUAGUAAUCUCAGGCACAGGAACAAAAGCUGCGGAGGACUGCUUUCCAUCUCCUCUAAAAGAACAACGGAGGAGAAACAGAAGGAGGAGGGGGUGGACAUGAUAGUAGUGAGACAAUAACGGAAGAGAAGAGGCACAUUAUAGUAAGUGAGGACUGAAAUCCAGGCGCUCCUCAUCUCUGCUCUCCAUGUUUUUGGGGACUCAACGUACCAUUGCCUUCGUCUCCAACCCAGAGGAGGAUGUCUGUGUCGGGGAAGAAGGAAUUUGACGUGAAGCAGAUCCUCAGGCUCCGCUGGCGCUGGUUCAGCCAUUCAUCCCAAGGUUCGGCUGGUGGUGGAGGAGGUGGUGGUGGCGGGGUGGGAGGCUACAUCCAGCAGGAUGGCCUGGAUCACAGAGGAACAGCUGUCCAGGGCCGGCUGAAGAGUCACUCACGGGAAAGAGGUGUUGGAGGACUACGGAAGACUAACAGCCCGGUCCACAGCAUCUUGGCCCCGACGCCAGGGCCCACACCUGUUUAUGUCAGAGCAGGUCAACAAUCAUGGCACCAUCCGCAGAACACCAUUCAGGGUCUCCAGGUCAACCAGGAAUCUUCAAAGAGCAGCUCCUCACCCAGCACCCCAAGGAAAGAGGACGCCAUUACUGGCCAGGAAGAUGUAAAGAACAGCACAGUGGAACCUGCAGAGAUGGAGGCAAGAGAGAGGUUGGCUCUGAGCACCUUCUCCAGAAUGAACACCAACUCCUCUGAUGAAUUUUUUCCAGGCCACAAACAUGCGGAACAGACUUUCCGGAAGAUGGAGACUUACCUCCAGCACAAGCAGCUGUGUGAUGUCCUCUUGAUAGCAGGGGAUCAUAAGAUACCCGCCUCACAGGUUGGUAUUUUGCCGUGUCGGACUACUUUUGCUGCUAUGUUCACCAGCGACGUGAGAGAGGCAAAGCAGGAGGAGAUCAAGAUGGAGGGAGUCGAUCCAGAGGCCCUCAGAUCCCUGGUUCAUUUCGCCUACACCGGCGUCCUUGAGCUGAAAGAGGAGACCAUUGAGAGUUUAUUGGCGGCGUGCGCCCUCCUCCAGCUUUCACAAGAUCAGGUUUGCUGUAACUUCCUGAUGAAACAGCUGCAUCCUUCCAAUGGCCUGGGAAUACGCUCCUUUGCAGACGCCCAAGGCUGCGUGGACCUGCUCAAUGUGGCCCAUAACUACACCAUGGAACACUUCCUGGAGGUCAUUCAGAACCAGGAGUUCAUGUUGCUCCCCACGGCUGAGAUUGUUAAGUUGCUCUCCAGCGAUGAGAUCAAUGUCCCCGAUGAGGAGACCAUCUUCAAGGCUUUGAUGAUGUGGGUGCGGCACGAUGUCCAGCACCGACAACAGGACCUUGGGGUGCUUCUCGCCUUCAUCCGCCUGCCUCUUCUUCCUCCACAGCUCCUUGCCGAUCUGGAAAACAACAAGAUGUUCUCCGAUGAUCUGGAAUGCCAAAAGCUGCUGAUGGAGGCCAUGAAGUACCAUCUUCUGCCUGAGAGACGUCCCAUGUUUCAGAGCCCAAGAACCAAACCUAGAAAGUCCACUGUGGGCGCACUUUAUGCUGUAGGAGGGAUGGAUGCUACCAAAGGCUCCACCACUGUAGAGAAGUACGACCUGCGGACUAACACUUGGGUCCAGGUUGGAGCCAUGAACGGACGCCGGCUGCAGUUUGGUGUCGCCGUAAUAGACAACAAGCUGUAUGUGGUCGGAGGGAGGGAUGGACUCAAGACAUCCAACAUGGUGGAGUGCUAUAAUCCGAUCAAUAAAGUGUGGUCGACCAUGCCUCCCAUGUCUACACACAGACAUGGCCUUGGUAUUGCUGUGCUGGAGGGCCCAAUGUAUGCUGUGGGAGGCCACGACGGCUGGAGCUACCUCAACACAGUGGAGCGCUGGGACCCGCAGGCCAGACAGUGGAACUAUGUGGCCAGUAUGUCGACACCACGGAGCACCAUGGGAGUCACAGCACUCAAUGGAAAACUGUUUGCAGUAGGCGGUCGAGACGGCAGCUCAUGUCUGAGGUCAAUGGAGUGCUUCGAUCCGCACACCAACAAGUGGAGCAUGUGUACUCCCAUGGCCAAGAGGCGAGGAGGAGUGGGUGUGGCCACGUACAACAACUUCCUGUAUGCUGUAGGCGGCCACGAUGCCCCAGCAUCCAACCACUGUUCUAGACUCUCCGAUUGUGUUGAAAGGUAUGACCCAAAGACGGACACAUGGACCACUGUGUCCUCCCUCAGUGUUCCCCGGGACGCAGUGGGUGUUUGCCUGCUGGGGGACCGGCUUUAUGCUGUGGGUGGAUACGAUGGUCAGUCAUAUCUGAACACUGUCGAGUCCUACGAUGCGCAGAACAAUGAGUGGACUGAGGAGGUCCCUCUCAACAUUGGCAGGGCAGGCGCCUGCGUGGUGGUGGUGAAAUUGCCUUGAGCGCUUUGUCUCACGACAGCGGCGAAGAAGAGCGGACAAACAAAACAACGGAUCAAGGACGCAUCCUUCGGGAGUCAUGUUUUCUUUUUUCGUCUUUAACUCGGCUUUCCAUAUUUUUUUUCCGAAGGAGACACAGACAGAGCCUUGCCCAUAAGCCAUUGUUUCUAUCAUUAGUGGACAUGCCUUCCCACUGGGGAGGACUUGCACUGCACAUUCUCCACAUUCUUAACCGAUCAAGAAUUUUCAUAGACUUGGCUGAGCUGUAGCAAGUGCCGAGCCUUUUGUUGUACCGCUUUUGUUAUACUAGUUUUUUGAAAACGUUCUGUGUAUGUCUGUAAGAUUAAAUGUAAAAGCAACAUUUCGAGCAAAUAAGCCUGCAGGUUAGUUUACAUCUAUACAGAGACUUUUCUUAUCAGUGUCAUCACAUACAGUACAGUAUAUUUUGGGGUUUAUAUUUCACUUUAUAGACACUCAAAUGAAAGUUAUUACGAUACAUACAUGUAACCUUGUUCCUGUGUCUUUUCUUAGUGGGUGGUCUUACAAUAUUCGUACACUUUAGGGAAGAAGACCAUUGUGAACGUGAGUUUGAAGUACAGGAAAGAAAUCCAACUUUGUGGCGAAUAAUAUAUUUGGACACUUUCUUUUUUUAUUGAGCCUGUAGCUACGGAACACCAAAGUAAUUUGCUUGUUUUAGAAGUCGUGUUGCACAUUAUAUGAAAGUUUUACAAAAUUGUGAAUUACAAAAAAUAUAUCAUAUUGAUAUUUCAUAUUGCUGUAGAUUUUUGUGAACUUUCCCAAAACUAUAUUUGUGUUGCUAGAAUCAUGCCUAAACCAGUGCACCCUGGUGACUACAGUUAUUAUUUUUAUUUUGUCUUUAUUUCUGUGCAUGCUGACUGAGCGAAUGUUUUAUUUGAUUUAUACAAUAAUAUAUAUCAACAUCACUGUCUGUUCUGUAUGUUCUAGGAUAGGAUGCCUUUUGGGUCAUGUAGAUGAUCUUAACAUUCACAACACUACCAUUAGAUUAACACAGCAGCGACACUCGGGUCACCCAAACCAGCAUUCUGAGUCGCAUGUGCAACAUUCGAGAAACUUGAUUUCAACAGAACUUCACUAAUGUGACUUUGGUUACAAUUUUUAGGUUCAUAGUUGGUUGUUCUGCCCAAACCAGUUGAAACAUUACUAACUUUAUCACAAUUACAACAAUUUGUAAUUGUAAUUAUAACAUGUUUUUGGGGCCAAAUGUUAGUUUUUAUCUUAAUUUUGUACAGCAUGCAAAACUAUAAAUAAAAUGACUUCAGUCAUCUCUGCAUGUUCAAAUCCAUGUGUAGAGCUGAAUGUGGUCCCUCAGUUGCCGGGUUUUGAUUUCUCUUGUUCUGCUUUGAGUUAACUAAACAGAUUUGGAAACCUCUUUGAAGUCGUCAUUAACCUCAGUGUUCUUCUUAUUGCUGCAGUGACUUUUUAAAUCAAGCGCAUGUUUGCAGAUAUCACUCGACAGACUGAGGACCAACUGUCUUUGCUUGCCUUUGUUUUUUCAUUGUUUACCCUCAAAAUAGUUUCAAGGUCCCCCCAACCUUCUCUCUCUUGUUUGGUAUGAUUUUGAUGUGUACAAAAAACUGGCUUAUGUGGUCACGUGAAGAGUUGUAGUUAUUUUCAGAAUAUACAACAUAUUACUCACCCAUUAUCUUUUUUAUUUGAGGCAUAUUUAUUUUUAUGUUGGAUUGUGUGAAGAUUAAUCUCCUUCUCUAACUCU